CGGGUCGGAGGCGGCAGCCAACGGGCCAUGGAGCAGCCCAAGAAGGCGGUGGUGGUGACGGGGUUCGGCCCUUUUGGGGAGCACACUGUGAAUGCCAGCUGGAUCGCAGUCCAGAUUUGUGCCUUCUUGGACUGUGGAGUCCCCGGUGGCACAAAAUGGUGAAUGCGCUUGGCUGCUAACCGCAAGGCUGGAAGUUCAGGUCUACCUAGAGACACCACGGAAGAAAGUCCUGACCAUCUAUUUCCGAAAAAUCAGCCAUUGAAAACCCUAUGGACCACAGUUCUACUCUGACACACGUGGGGUUGCUGAGCUGGAGAAGCUGGGCCUUGGUGACAGUGUGGACCUGCAUGUGUACGAGAUUCCGGUCGAGUACAAGACGGUGCAGAGGCUCAUCCCUGCCUUGUGGGAGAAGCACAGUCCACAGCUGGUGGUACAUGUGGGGGUGUCAGGCAUGGCAACCACAGUCACACUGGAGAAGUGUGGGCACAACAAGGGCUACAAGGGGCUGGACAACUGUCGCUUCUGUCCUGGCUCUCAGUGCUGCGUGGAGGACGGGCCUGAAAGCAUUGACUCCAUCAUCGACAUGGACGCUGUGUGCAAGAGAGUCACUACACUGGGCCUGGAUGUCUCAGUGACCAUCUCACAGGAUGCUGGGAGGUACCUCUGCGACUUCACCUACUACACUUCUCUAUACCAGAGCCACGGCCGAUCUGCUUUUGUCCACGUGCCACCGCUGGGUAAGCCAUACAAUGCGGACCAGCUGGGCCGAGCGCUGCAGGCCAUCAUUGAGGAAAUGCUCGAUGUCCUGGAACAGUCAGAAGGCAAAAUCAGCUGUCGCCACAAACACUGAGGGCCACUCGACCUCCCCUCUGGGCACCCCAGGAGGGAUGCCUGCCCUCCGGGGCCUGGCCAGGAAGGACAAGCUGUCAGCCGGGGAUCCAAUUUCAAAGAAGCAUUUUGAUUCACACACCUCCUUCUUCCUUUUUCUCCAAGAAAGUUACAGCCGAUUUGAAGAAGCAGGCGGCUGAAGAUUUUUCUUCUGUUCCUUUUGUUUUUGCUGUGGCUGAGGGAGGGGCAGGCAGGCCCUGAAUUCCACGGGGAGUCCUAAACAAAGCGAAUCUAUGGUGGGCCUGAGGCUGGGGCCUCUUAUUCUAGGCCUGUGGGCAAAGGGGUUCCAGAACUCUCCAUCUGCACCUGGUUUUCCUGAAAUGUCAAAGCCUCCUGAGGACCUUUCUCCUGAUCCAUGUUCCAGCAGGGGCCACCCUGGGAUAUGGUCUGAUACUUUUCUUCUUUCUUAUUCUCUUUUUUAAAACAAUAGUGCUAGUUUGGAGCACUGAGUAAUUUAUAUUCCCUUUGGUUUAAAACUCAGACUUUAGCCAACAACAAAAGUGUCUUUUCUGUGUCCUGGGUUGUGGCCCCUUUGCCUCCCACCCCGAAGCCUGGACUUAAGACUCGUGUCUUUGUUUGGGGUUGGUGUUGGGUCUCCUGACUUUGUGGUGAGGCAGCCGCCCCAGGUGUGGCCAUGGGGCUCUCAGCUGACCCUGUGGACACUCAGGCUGCCCCCAUGGGGCCUCCAGAGCAGGCCACCAGUGAGAAAGCAUUUCAAUGUAUGAGUGACUUAUUAUUUUAAUACGUAAAAGAUUCGUAGCAGCUGCGAAACUGCCUCACAGCUGGCCUGGAUUUUCGAAGCCUUGGAGCUGGGGAAGAGGGUCUCGCUUGCCAUAAGGAGGGGCUUGGAACAGGGGCUGGGGCCAGAGCUUACUGAGCUCCCUGUGUGCUGGUGUGUUUGAGCAGGAGGAAGGCUGGGCGGGGAGCAUGCUUUUUUGUUGUGGUUUUUGGAGACUUGCCAUGGCCUCUGGAGUAAAUUUUUAUCUUGCUCCCUGGUGACUUUGAACUUCCCGACCAGGGUCAAGGGUGAUGUCACGCAACAGGAGGCUCAACCCAGCCCCAGGCCUUGGCCCCCUUUAGCGAGAGAAGGCAGCGACAGCAACAACAUGAAUUCUGUUUCGUAAAGCACACGUUUGGCAAACAUUUUUCAAUUUUUUUGGAGAAAAUGUGUUUUUGCUGUUUCCCUUGAUCCUGCAUCAUGCUGGAAUCUGACUCCAUUUUGGAUUAUAUUUGUGUUUCCCAGCACCCAGUUCUUUUUAAAAUAACCGAGAUUUUUGUUUCGUUUUGUUUUGGUAAAGAUUCACCUUCCUUCCCUCCCCUUCCGAGACCAGAGCCGUUCCUGCCUCAGCUAAAACGCUGAGUCAUUUGGGAAUCAGAGUUGAUGGGUUUCUGUUAGAUGCAUUUUCUUAGUCCUGGGCUUCCUGUGGCCGGGGAGGUGGGUGCAGGUGGGUGAUUUAAGGUUAGUGCUUGGCGGUGUUUGUGGAUUGCGGACCACAGGUGCAAUGAUGAGGACUCUGCUUUCCCCCUCUGCCAGAAACUCCCCUUCCCUGUCCCAAAUGUGUUUGCUGUCCUCUGGAAAAAAACAUCUGCUCGGCCACCUUCUGUGAGCAGAAGUUGUGACUAUUUGAAUGUUGGGUACUUGAGGCCUGGGGAUCCCCCAGAGGCCUUGUUUGGAACAGUUUCAGGGUCUAACUCUAUUCUCCAAGGGUCUGACCGUGGAGGCUCUGGGGAGGAAAUGGGGCAGGACGGUUCACAAAGGGAGAACUGAGGAUGAUCCAGAUCCAGGUUUGGGUGGG